AUGAGCGAGUGGUGGGCAACCAUCGGGCAGCCCUUUGCGGAGGCGCUGCUGAGUCUGGAUACCGUCAAGAUCAAGGCGGCGUUCGCUAACGCGCCCAGCUCGUACUACGAGUACAUCCGCUCCGUCUACGAGCGCAGCCCCGAGCACGUGAUCAUUGAGACGUUCCUUAUCGUAUUUGUCAUCUACAUCACCUUUUUCAAGCGUGACAAGCCCAAGGGCACAGCCGCCAAGCUCUCAGAACGGGAGAUCGACGAUCUGUGCGAGGAAUGGACUCCGGAGCCCAUCAUCCCGCCUAAUGCCGUCGUGGACGUCAACCAGGCCAAGCCCAUCGGUAUUGUCGAAGCCACACCCGACACGCACUUAAAACUGCAGGGUUUCGCCAAGCCGUUACUGAAUUUGGCCACAUUUGACUUCCUCGGCUUGGGCUCACGCCCUGAACUAAAGGAAGUCGCGGUCAAGACGCUUACGAAGUACGGCUGUGGCUCCUGUGGGCCUCGUGGUUUCUACGGUACCAUCGAUACGCACGAGAUCCUUGAGAAGGACAUCGCACAGAUGAUGGGAACGACCGACUCGAUCACCUUCUCGGACACUGAAGCCACUUCGUCGUCGGUUCUUCCGGCCUUUGCCAAACGUGGUGAUCUCAUCGUCAUGGACGAUGGCUGCAAUGACUCCAUCUUGGUGGGUGCCACCCUAGCGCGAUGCACUGUGCUCUACUACAAGCACAACGACUUGGACGAUCUAGAGCGUGUGUUGAAAAGUGUGCGUGACGAAGACAAGAGGAAGAAGCGUGGCUCGGACUGUCAACGCCGUUACGUUGUGACCGAGGCGCUGUUCCGCAACCACGGCGACAUGAUCGACUUGCCUCACGUCGUGGAGCUGUGCAACAAAUACUUCUUCCGUCUCUUCCUGGACGAGAGCUUUUCGUUUGGUGUACUGGGUAAAUCCGGUCGUGGAUUGUCGGAGCACUACGGUAUGGACGUCUCGGAGGUGGCUAUCAUCUGCAGUUCUCUGGCUGGCUCCACUGCCAGUGUGGGCGGCUUCAGUACUGGCUCGCAGGAGGUGGUGGAUUUCCAACGUAUUAACAGCGCUGGCUACGUGUUUUCGGCCUCAGCGCCGCCUUUCACGUCUGCUUGCUGCUCCGAAGCUAUUCGCAUUAUGAAGAACGAGCCGGAGCUCUUCACCAAGCUCCGGGACAACGCCGAACUCGCGCAUGAUUCUCUGUCUGCUGGUGUUAAGGGUGUGUACAGCAUCUCCAAGGCAGUUGUCUCCCCUAUAUUGCACUUGCGUCUACUGCCUGAAGUCGUGGCUUGUGUCGGUAGUGAGGAGAACCAACGUGCUCUGCAGCGUAAAGUGUGCGACACAGUAAUGCAGAAGUGUCUGGCCAAGGGUGUGGCUAUCUGUUCGCCGCGAUACAAGACCCACCAGACGCUGGAGCCUCUGCCCAGUCUGCGUGUGUCCGUGACUGCUAUUCACUCGCCUAAGGAGCUGGAGACGGCCUGCAAGAUCAUUGCGACGGAGGCCAUGGCUAUAUGUAAGGAGGUUCUUACCUCCUUUCCGGUGGACGCCGCCUCUGCAAGCGGUCUUCGACAGCGUAAGCAAUAG